AUGUUUCCACAGGUAAAUACACGAAUUAUCAUCAAUAACAAUAGUUACAAUAUUGAUUUAUUCAGAUUCGCAAUGGUUUCGCAUGCUUUCCAAAAGGCUUUCGUUGAAUCUGAAAAUAUUGAUUCCAUUAACAUGGAAAAAUACAUAUCUUCGAGUAUAAAUGCUGAUCAAGAAAAGAAAUUUGUCGAUAUUUGCAUGGGAAGAACUGUUGAAUUGAGCUUAAAUGACGUAUUUGAAUUAAUAUGUAUUGCAGACGAGUUUGAAGCAGAAGAAAUUUCCCAAAAGCUCUUACCAAUGAUUCAAAAAGAAAAGUCUUCUUUCAUCUUAAAUCAAUUUAUUCAGCUUUUAAAUUCAAAAUAUUACUUAAGUCCAACAUUGGUCGGACUGAUUGCAUCAGAUUUUUAUAACAUAUUCAAUACUAAUGCUGCUGACUUACAAAAUGCACCUCCACAACUCUUACAAACAAUUUUAGAAUCACCAAAAUGUGCUUAUCCACCUGCAAGAAAGUUAAAUAGAUUCCUUAUCGAAGCGUCAACUAAAAAUCAAGAAUUACUCGGGUUUGUACAGCAAAAAUCAUUAACUUCAUCAGAAUAUAAUAAAUUUGUGUCCUUAGCUAGUGAAAUGAUAAAACAACACAAAAUUAAACUUGAAGAACCCCCAGUUGAUGAAAUAGAACUUGAUUCUAUCGAUUUACUUGUUCAAUCUCAAAUUUCAAGGUUGAGACUUGAACAAUUCAUAGCUCAGGUACAACCACCACCAAAUGCAAAGAAGUCUGAGACUGUGUUCGAUAGAUGGAACCAAAUUAAUGCUCAAAUUUCUAAAUUUAAUGGAAUUAUGAGCGAAAUCACGAAGAUGAAAGAAUCCAACGCUAGUUAUGAUCAAUUGAUUGAAAGCUUGAAAGAAUUCAAUAAUAAUUCCAAUAAUUUGGAAAAACAACUUAUUGAGCUUAAAAAUGAAGUUGCUAAAGCCAAAGCUGCAGUUGAAAAAUCUACUAGAGAUUUGGCAAACUGUAAACAAGCAAUUGAACAAGAAAAAGCAAAGAAUGAAUUAUUGAAGGCACAAAAACAAGAAAAUGAGCAGAAACAAGAAGAAAAUGUUGAAGAAAAUAAAGAUAACAAUGAAGUGCAGGCAGAUGGAAAUCCAAAUCCAGAGGAAAAUAAUCAAAAUGAAAAUCCACAAUAA